CUCAAGAGGAAAGAGAGCGCAACCGCCGUUGUCCAUCGGAGCAGCUGAUCUCAGUGAAAAUGGCUGACACCAAGGCAGUGACAAUUCGCACGAGGAAGUUCAUGACAAACAGGCUUCUUUCGAGGAAACAAUUUGUCGUUGAUGUGCUACAUCCAGGCAGGCCCAAUGUUUCCAAGGCUGAAUUGAAGGAGAAAUUAGGUAGGAUCUAUGAUGUGAAAGAUCCAAGUUCCAUCUUUGUAUUCAAGUUCAGAACUCAUUUUGGUGGUGGUAAAUCAACUGGGUUUGGUUUGAUAUACGAUUCCGUUGAGAAUGCGAAGAAGUAUGAGCCAAAAUACAGGCUUAUCAGGAAUGGACUUGAUACCAAGGUUGAGAAGUCAAGGAAGCAGAUGAAGGAAAGGAAAAACAGAUCAAAGAAGAUCCGUGGUGUAAAAAAGACCAAGGCAGGGGAUGCUGCCAAGAAGAAGAAGUGAGCUAUGAAAGUGACACUAGUUUUAUUUUAUAUGUGGGUUGUUUUGGUGCAACUUCUUUUUGUUCUUAUAACUCUGGAAACCUCCAUUUUGAGAUGAAACAGGAUCAGGGUUUUUGUUUUAGAAAUUUUAAACUAGAAGAAUGAGUAUUGGUUGGUAGUUUUAUGUUGAUGUUUUUUGAUGUUUUCAAGUUAUGGUAGUUGAAGAUGUUCAUUGUCUCCUGCUCAGAGCAUCUCCAACAGAUUCUUUGAAAUAGAGAAAAUGGAGUUUUUGUUCC